CCUCAACUGGGUGCCACAUGGUAAAAAAAUCCCGCAUUGCUUUUGGCCUUCUUUUUUUUUCCUUUGCGUUUCAUCUUCUUCUAUUUUUUGGUCCACUAAAAGGCUUCUCCUCCUUUUUUUCCUCCCCUUUUCCGGUUGACUUGAUAUGGUUAACAAAAAGUAUUACAACGCUGCGUGGGUGAUUGUUCUCACCAGCACCAAUCAGUACGUUCAAGGCGCGAUCACCCUCGCCCACAGUUUGCGCAAAGUGGGCAGUAGCUAUCCACUGCUGGUACUGCAUACACCGGCCGUCACCAAACCAGCAUUGAAGCUGUUGCGUCAAGCGGGAUGCCAGCUGCGACCGAUUGAUCCUAUUCGACCGCCAGGAAAAGUGCACUACUUUACCGCCCGAUUUGAGGAAACUUGGACGAAGUUGGCGGUAUGGGCUCAGGACGAUUUCCGUCGUCUGGUACUGAUGGAUGCCGAUAUGUUGGCAUGCCAAAAUAUGGAUGAAUUAAUGACUAUGCCACUGGACAACGAAGACUGCGUCGCCGCCGCUCAUGCUUGCACAUGCAAUCCACAACACAUCAAAGCAUAUCCGUCCGAUUGGAUACCGGCCAAUUGUGCUUACACGGAUUUCUCGACGGAUGGAUCGGCUGAUACACCUCCCCUGACGAAACGCGACUACUUUAACAGCGGGUUGGUGGUGUUGAAUCCAUCGCGCACCAAAUUUCAGGAAAUGAUGGCACGGCUGUAUGCGAUUGACGAUCUGACCAUUUACCCUUUCCCCGAUCAGGAUUUUCUCAACGAGAUAUUUAAAGAUCGAUGGAAACCACUGCCCUACACCUACAAUGCGCUAAAGACCUUGUCCGUAGCACACUCCACGAUGUGGCACAUGAAACAAGUCAAAAAUGUUCAUUACAUUCUGAGUAAACCGUGGGACGAAUGCGAAAAGAUGAAAGAGGACGAUCCAUAUUACGAACUUUAUUCUCUGUGGCAACGAACUCAUAAUGAAGCCCUCGCAGCAUAAACGAUACCACCUCAUUUUCAUGCGGGGGCAUGCGCCGCCCCCUCCCCCAACAUUCGCCUAUUAAUAGCUGUCUCAAGUACAUCCCACUUUCACUCGCUACUCAUCCUCAUCGUUAUCUCGAUAAUCACAGCAAAUAUAUACGUUGAUUAUAUUAAUGG